AUGUCUUGUAAAAGUAUUUUGGCAGAGGAAUACCUGACCAGCAGAUACAAGUAUGAAGAAGAGGCCAAGAAAAACACAGAGGAAGUUGCAGGCCAUUCAUUGGAUGACAGAGAGAAGGUGAAUGCACUUAUUUAAUUGUUCUUAUUUUUGUAAGCUCUGCUACAUAUUUUAUUAAGGGCUCUUGUGUGUAAAAAACAGGUGGAUUCACUUUUCAGAGAUGUCCAUGUAAAACUGACAUAUCAGAGUCUACGUUACCAGUUUCUCAGAUACAUUUCUUUUAACAGCAAGCCUUUUUGUGUAACAGUUUAUUCAGGGUAUGAUAAUCCUUUCCUUUUAAACUUACAGAAAUUGUUGGGUGAAGAGUUGACUGAGAAGUUCAUACCCUCACACCUGAUUUGUCCCCUCACCAACAAGAUGUUUGUUGACCCAGUGAAGAACCAGGAGGGAACCGUGUACGAGCGAAAGGCCAUUGGGAAACAUCUGAAGAAGUAAGCGUGUUACUGGAUUAUUCAUAUUGAUAAGUCAUUAUUUAUGAUUCAUAAUUAACGUGUUACUUUUAUAAAGUAAUCCAAAAAUAUUCAGCUAAUGUUGUUGUGUGGUUGUUUCAUUGGCUGCUUCUGAGUUUGUUUAAACACAGGCCACAUUCAUGUAUUAAUCGUGGGCUCAAAUAUUACUAAAUGACUGUUAGUUUAUUUACAAAAUACAUUUUUCGUAUUCCCUUACGUGCAGAACUGAAAUAACACAUUGCUAGCAACUAUGUGACAAUUCGGUGUCAGUAUUUUUUGUGUCACAUUGCAAUAGGCUUAGAAAGCCGACUGAUUGACAAUUCUUCAAACAGGAAAGUCUUCGCCAACUGUAAACAUUUUAAAAUGAAUUAACUAAUUAAAUUAAUUAUUUGACCACUAUUUUUUGAGAGUGGUUUACUGUCUUCCUAACUUUUACAGGACAUGUAUUGGGACUGAUCCCAAAACAAACAAGUUACUGACAUUAACUGAUCUCAAGCCAUACCAAGACAUGAGAAAAAUGGUGAGGGAUUAUCGCAAACAGCAAAUUGAGGAGACAGAUGCUUAA